AUGUCUGCGAUCAACCUCAUCUUUGGUGGGGCCAACCUUGGAAACCUCCCCUCCUUGAAUACUCCAGAGAACUUGAAGGAGGUAUUCUCGGUGCUCACUAGCCAUGGAAUAGUCGGCAUAGAUAGCGCGCAGCUUUACGGCGAAAGUGAAACCCUUCUUGGCGCAACACAGGCUGGUGAGCGCUUUAUUCUCGACACCAAGUGGAUGGGUGGCGUUCAGCCAGGGUGGGCUACGAGGGAGAACAUGGUCCAUUCCGCCAAGGAGUGUAUUAGAAAGCUUGGUGUUAAGCGAGUGGAUGUCUUUUACAUUCAUUUUCCAGACGCCCAAACCCCAAUCGCCGAGACACUCGCUGGAGUGGAGGAGGUCUAUCGACUCGGCCUUUUUCAGCGCUUCGGCCUUUCCAACUACCAAGCAGAUGAUGUCCAGAAGAUCUUUCAUCACUGCAAGGAGAAGGGAUAUGUCCUCCCGACCGUAUUUCAAGGCAAUUACUCCGCUGUUGCACGCCGGUCGGAAACUGCUCUAUUCCCUACCCUUCGGGAGCUGGGAAUUGCGUUCCGCGCCUAUAGCCCCCUAGCUGGUGGAUUUCUCACCAAAACACCCCAGCAGAUUAUGGCUGGAGCUGGCCGCUUCAAUGACGACACGUACGGUGGCAUGUACAAGCAAAUGUUUGUCAAACCGGUCUACCUCGAAGCGCUGAAGAAAUGGAAUACCGUGGCGAAAGUCGAGGGUUGUUCGAGUGCCGAGCUUGGUUAUCGAUGGGCUGUGUACCACUCACCCCUGAAGAAGGAGCUGGGGGACGGCGUUCUUGUCGGCGCAAGCAGUCUGGGCCAACUGAAGCUCACUCUGGAGGGAAUUGCCCACGGAAAGUUGUCCGACGAGGCAGUCAAGGCGAUCGAUGAAAUUUGGGCAGGGGUCAAGCAUGAUGCCCCCUGA